UGUAUAAAAUAAGGUAAUCAUACAAUUCAAUUCAUGGCAAAGAGAUCUAUAUAAAGCCAAUGCUUACACUGCAUUCUAAAUCAAGCCCCACAACUCCUUCCAUCCUUGUUUUGUUUCUCCUUCCAAAGAGGCAAUGGCCAUGGCUAAGCUUGUCUGCUUUCUUCUUCUAGCUCUCCUUGGGAUUUCCAUGGUUGCAACACAGGUUAAUGCAAAACAAGAAACCCAGUAUCACUUGGACAGUGGAAGGUAUGGUCCUGGGAGUCUAAAGAGCUACCAAUGCCCAUCACAAUGCACAAGGAGAUGUAGCCAGACACAGUACCACAAGCCAUGCAUGUUCUUCUGCCAAAAAUGCUGUGCUAAGUGUCUCUGUGUUCCUCCUGGUUCCUAUGGCAACAAAGCUGUGUGCCCUUGCUACAACAACUGGAAGACCCAGCAAGGAGGACCCAAAUGCCCUUGAGCAACCAAUUUUGUUUGGUUUCUUCUCCUUAAGAGAGCUACCAAAAAUAAUCAAUAUUUAAGCACAAUUUUAUAAAGCAUUUCUUCUUCUCUAGGUCAUAAAGUUCACUGACCUGUUGAGAAUAUUAAUUUAAUGGUAGUCCAUUCCUUUGGGAUAUAUGGUUUUAUAACACCCCCAAAUGAGAGCGUUGACAGAAUUUAUGUUUUAAUUGUAUUAAUAAAAUGAGAUUAUU